GAGAGAAAGGGAAAUAAGAAUAGAAAAGGGAAAUGAAAGAAAAUAGAAUUUUAAAUUGUUUGAGAAUCAAAACCUGAAAGUUAAGAUUUACAAAGGGCCUAAAAACACCAGAAAGAGGCAGGUGACAGAAAAAAAGAGAAUCACAUAAGUUGCUUAGUUUUGUCCAGCUUUCUUAUAUUUACGAUUUAGAUUUUCAAGAAGAAAUGUUAGGAUCUAUGCUAUAUUCCAUGGCAGCCAGAUCAAAUUGCUAAUGAUGAAUUACUCAACUUGAUUGCUUGCUAACCGAGACACAAGCAGAUGAAACCUGAAGACAACUAAAGCUUUUUGUUUCAUUCCGUUUCUUUUUUUCCUCUAACUCUGUGGUGGUGUACAGAAUUUGAGAGGUACUCAUCAUAGUUUCAUAACACUAAAAAAGAUGCUACCAUUGGAUUCAAGUUCUUUCGCUGUCAAAACAGUGAAAAUUAUUCAAAAUAUUAAAAAGAAUAUAAGACAUACUAAAUAGUAUAUCUUUUUCACUACCAUUAACUGAUAUGGGUGUUUUCUUCUUUAGUGAAUACUAUUCCUAGAAAGGAAAGUGUGAGGAUGGAUAAGAAGAAGUCACAAUAUAAUACUCGUUUUCAUUCUGCUUAGAGUCUCAAGAAUCACAGGAUGCCCUGUUUGCCUACACAUAGAAUGCAAGUAGGCAUUAAAUUUAACAGUCUGUUAAAUUUAACAAUACAGUGAACAUGAGGAAUGAAUUAAUCCCAAAUGCUUUGGGAACCAGCACAGCUACUUAAACGAUGUCCUUUGGUGCACACAAAUAUUUGCCCGCUAUAUGCAGAAGGGGUGGGGAAGCCGAGUGCUUUUUCACAAAGGAGGUUCUGUUCUCAGUAACAUGAUUCCAGUUAGUCCUGGCCAAAGUAGUAAUGCCUACAGCAAUUAUGACAAAGGGAAAGUAUUUUAAAUUUGAUGGGGUUGGAUCUCCUUUGUCUCGUCAGUGCUAUGCAAGGCUAAAGAAAAGAAAGGUGAGGAGGGAGGGCUUAGGAUGCUGGCAGUUUGAAUUGAUGAUGUGUGAAAGAAUGACUGAUGUGAAAGUGGUAUGUGAGGCAUUAGAGUGGAACAUUUUCAAGGUUUAGAACGAGGGAAAGAAAAACCCACGAUGUGAUAGAAAACAUGGAAAUAGAAAUCCUGGGCAUUGUUUUAUACAUCAAGUUGAUAGAAUGGUGUUCUGUCUAUUGAAAGAAAGGGAUGCCCAAAUACUUUGUCCUUGUUCAUUUUUGGUGUAAGACUAGUAUUUAAUUUAUUUGAUUUGAUAUCUUGUCACUUGAUUUAUUUUCUUUUGAACUUUGUUGUCCCAUUUAAACCUCACCAUCAGUGAAAAUAAUAAACUGCUCCAUAAAUACCAAAAUUUGUUGAACCAUUUUUCUGUGACUGGUGGCCUGUAUCCUCCUCACUCCACUGAUUUUUCCUUGCUGUACUCCUUUCCCAACUCAUGCUUUCCUUUAGAGACACAUACUCUCGAAGUUAUGACCUCCAAGUUCAGUAUCCCUGAAGUAUUUUUGAGGCAAGAGUUUGGGUUUUGGGAGUGCUUGUUCAUACAUUGCUCCAUCUAUGGUGUUGGUUAGGAGCAGACCAAGCAGAAAUGACAACUGACUUCCUGCUGUAGCAUUUCACUCAUCAGGAUGACUAAUACAUGUGUCUCAUAUGAAUCCAGAAGCUGAUUUUUGAAAAUGGUAAGACCUUUAGAACUUAGACUGAAGUUGGCCAUUGUGUUCCAAAAGUAGUUAAGAGGUGACUGGCAGAGACCACAAUUGCACAACUCAUGUUUUAUUUGGAAACUAGACAAAAAAGAAUUACAAUUUUAUGUGCACUUGGUAUCAUAUUCUGAAGAGUGAUUCAUAUGUCUUAAACUUAUUGUUGGCAAUUAAACAAUUAAUUUCUGUAACUAAGUUUGAAUAAAAUAUAUUUCACCUACGUUAAUCUUGGGUCAAUACUAGACUUUCACAAGUGUAGUUGGUGUCAAACAUCUUUGGUUUAUAAUCAUCUCUGUGCAGAUGUCUUUAGAUUAGAAUGUAGGUAGUGUGUCAAAGUUAAACUUUGGUCAGUUUAACUUGUCUUAAUAGUUUAACCAGAAAUAAAGGUUUUAAAAUUUAUUAUCUUUUUAAUAACUGCUUUGCAGUUUUGCUGGGGGUUUUUCCCUCUGAAAUGAGGAUGUACGUCAACUCCAAGUGAAUUUGUGAAAAUUGAGAGUUUCACUUCAUGACCAUGUCAAAAUGAAAAUUAUUUUAAAUAAUCAGUAACAUUUCAUGGGACAGUGAUAGCGCAAUCUGACUGGUAAACUUUUUGGGUUGGUUUUGUUUGUUUAGUUUAAUAUAUAUACACAGUUCAAUGUUUUCCAAUCCUCUUUAUUAAUUUCCAAUCCUCUUGUUUGCCUCCAGCCUGAAUCACAUGAUUUGUGAAUCAACCACUCAAUAAACUCUACUGCAAGAAUAAGACCUCAUUUCUUCCUUUCUUUUGAAGAAUUAGCAUAUGUCUCUCUCAAGUUCACUGCUGAAAAAUCUGUUCCAAAAUGCAGCUUUUCACUAGGCUGUUGUGGUGUCAUUAUUCUUGGUUAGGUGUGAUAAACUCAUACAAAGUUUUUUAAUAAGCAAUUAAAUAGAGUAAGUAGUUAUUACACAUGCUAUUAAAUUAUAUCUUUGUAUUAUGCUGGUAAUUUAACCCUAUAUACUUCCAUGUUUUUAAUUUUUGCAGACAUUCUUUCUAACCUGUUUGAUCUGAAGGGAUGUGUUUUAAAGUGCACCAGGUCCUUUCAUCUUCUUAGUGUUUGGUUUCACUUACGCUCUGCCUUAGAGCUUUGGGUCUUUUCAGUCAGGGUCCUGAACCCUGUGACCUCUCUGUUUUCCUUGUGAACAUUUCACAGUAAUGCUUAGAUGCUUCUCCUGACAUUUCGAACUGUUCCUUGACUAGAAAGCUGGGGAUGAAAUUUUAGAUGUGAGAGAUUGUGUAUGACAAAUUGUCAGUUUCCUUUUGUGUUAGUUUUCUUUAGUAAUACUUGGCUUCUGUUUCUCUUUGUUGGUGAUGCUGUAGCAAAAACACACUCAGGAAUACGGAAAGAUCUUCAAGUCUCACUUUGGUCCCCAGUUUGUUGUAUCCAUUGCAGAUCGAGACAUGGUUGCUCAAGUCCUCCGAGCAGAAGGCAGAGCACCACAAAGAGCCAACAUGGAAUCCUGGCAGGAGUACAGAGAUUUACGGGGGAGAGCCACAGGGCUCAUUUCUGCGGAGGGGGAGCAAUGGCUAAAAAUGAGGAGUGUACUGAGGCAAAAAAUUCUGAAACCUAAAGACGUGGCUAUUUACUCUGAAGGAGUCAAUGAAGUUAUCACAGACUUAAUUAAAAGAAUCCACACCCUCAGAAGUCAAGAGGAGGAUGGGGAAACAGUGACCAAUGUUAACAACCUUUUCUUCAAGUAUUCAAUGGAAGGUGUGGCAACUAUUCUGUAUGAAUGCCGGUUGGGCUGCCUUGAAAACAACAUUCCACAGCAGACUGUUGAAUAUAUUGAGGCUCUGGAAUUGAUGUUUAGCAUGUUUAAGACCACUAUGUAUGCAGGUGCUAUUCCCAAAUGGCUUCGCCCACUUAUUCCAAAACCCUGGAGAGAGUUCUGCAGAUCCUGGGAUGGACUCUUCAAAUUUAGUCAAAUCCAUGUUGACAACAAAUUGAAGGCUAUUCAGUCUCAGCUGGACCAAGGAGAAGUACUGAAAGGUGGGCUACUUACGCACCUCCUAGUGAGUAAGGAACUUACUCUGGAAGAGAUCUAUGCCAACAUGACUGAAAUGCUUCUGGCAGGAGUGGACACAACUUCUUUUACUUUGUCCUGGGCAAUAUACUUGCUGGCAAAGCACCCGGAGGUGCAGCAACGUGUUUAUGAGGAAAUAGUCAAUAAGCUGAGGAAAGAUCAAGUUCCAGCUGCCCAUGAUGUCCCAAAACUGCCUCUGAUUAGAGCUGUCCUGAAAGAAACCUUGAGGUUAUAUCCAGUACUGCCAGGAAAUGGAAGAGUAACCCAAAAAGACUUGAUCAUUGGAGGAUACUUGAUACCAAAAGGGACCCAGCUGGCACUUUGUCAUUAUGCUACUUCAUACAGUGAAGAAAAUUUCUCAGUGGCAAAUGAGUUCCGACCUGAGCGCUGGCUGAGGAAAGAUAAUUUGGACAGAGUGGACAACUUUGGCUCCAUCCCCUUUGGUUAUGGCAUUCGAAGUUGUAUAGGAAAAAGAAUUGCAGAGCUGGAAAUCCAUCUUGCACUGAUUCAGUUACUUCAGAAUUUUGAAAUCAAAAUUUCUCCCAAAACUGAACCAGUUCAUGCCAAAACUCAUGGACUUUUGACUCCUGCAAAUUCCAUCAAUGUCAGAUUUUCUGACAGGAAGUGAAACUCAAAUGUUUUGGAAAUACUCUUACAAUUUUCAUGGAAACAGGUUUGCAUUUUGUGAAAGUUUAAAACAUGCUUGUUCUCUGGUUUGUAGGUAUUUGACAAUAUAAUGAAGUAUUAUGUUCUGCCUUAGUUCUAGCAGUACAUAAGAGCAAUUAACUCUCCUGUAACAGUUAAUUACACAUAUGAAAAUAUAUACCAAAAAAUUCCUUCUUGCACUGGGAAUCUCCUUUUAUUUAGAAGAAUUCCUAGUAAUAACAAGACAUGCAUUGAAAAAAAUCAACCCAAAGUAAAUUUGGACAUGUCAAUAUCAUUCAGUAGUUUUGUUACGCUGCUAUUCAGUGAGUGUAUUUGAGAACAAGGGGAUUAUUAUAUAAUAUGUGGAAAUUAGCUGCAUGUGUAAGUUUGUAUUUUCCUGUUUCUUGUCCUCCAGUAGGUUUUUUUAGAAGUUUCCAUGUAACAAUGAAAUUAUGAGAUCAUUUUUUUAUAUU